CAAGAACAAUGAUAUGGCAUUUUCCAUCCUCUCUUAUAACUAAUACUGUGCUCUUCAUCCUGUUCAGUAAAACUGCCUCAUGGUUCACAGGUGAAUGCAUCCCUGUUCCUGCACUACACCUGCAGACUGUGUGACGUCCUCAGUGCUCAUAGAGAGGAACUGUUUUAGCCUCAUCAUUUUUAAUCCUUUUUCAGGCUUUUUUCAGGAGUCAGUAUACGCAGCAAAGGGGGUCUUUAACCAUAGUUCAUUUAGUUUGAGAAAAGUUGAUACUUUGUAAAACAACAACUCUUUAUUGUGCAGAGGGUGUUUACUGUGGUUUGUGUCAACAUGCAUAUGAAUGAUCAAAGAGGAAGUAAAUCUUUCAACAGCCUGAUAUCCGUCUUCUGCUCAUUGACGACAGAGGAAAGGCGUCUUUGAACACAUCGUUCCUCCUUCACUUCUCACAGAGAUGAGAGGAGCAGCUAUGAGUUUAACUGCAGCAGCGAGUGGAUUAGUGGUCUUCCUGCUCUCUGUGUCAGUGGUUCAGGGUCAGCGUGGCUGGGGAGUGACUUACUCUUCUACUGAGAUCUGUGCAGUGAAAGGAUCAACAGUGGAGAUAAACUGCAGCUACACAUACCCAUCUAGAUGGAGAGGUGGUGUUAACACAGUAGAGAACACAUUCUGGUUUAUUAAACAGAAAGAUGUUGAAACUGUAUAUGUGACCACAGACUCAGAGUAUGCAGGUCGUGUAGAGACUCUCUGUGGAAACAACACCUGCACUCUGAGAAUCAGAAACCUGACAGAGAGCGACUCAGCUCAGUACUGGUUCAGGUUCAAAACAAACCAAGAUGCAUACUCGGGUCUUCCAGUCACUUUGUCCAUCACAGAUCUCCAGGUGAAGGUGAGCAGACCACAGUCUGAUCUUAACCUGCGGUGUCUCAGCAGUUGUCCACCUGGUCAUACUUCCUACAUCUGGUUCAAGAACGGACAGAAAGUAAAGGAAGACACAUCUCCUGAUGCAGACUUCAGUUAUGAUUCUGCAGACAGUUACUCCUGUGCUUUAAAGGGAUAUGAGGACUCCCCGACUCCUUCAGUGUAUGCUCCAAAGCUCCCCUCUGUGUCAGUGAGUCCCUCUGCUGAGAUAGAGGAGGGCAGUUCAGUGAAUCUGACCUGUAGCAGUGAUGCUAACCCAGCAGCUAACUACACCUGGUACAAGAAGGAUGAAGACUCUCCAAAAGCUUCAGGACAGAACUUCACCAUCACUGACUUCAGAGCUGAACACAGUGGGAAUUUAUUCCUGUGA